GUGUUAAACUUGAAAAAGUAUGGAUUAUAAUACUUGAGAUUCCUAGUGCUAAGCCAAACAUUAUGAGUUGGUUUGAGAAAUAUAUACUGGCUAAAAAUGCUACAAACAUGCUAGCAAGUGAUGGCAAAAUUAAGAAUAUUGAGAUUGGUAAGAUGAUUAAAGAUGUUGGAAUAAAUUAUAUAGAGAACACAAUUCAUCUUCUUAAAAAAUAUAUGCUAAUAUGA